AUGGUGGCCUCCACGGUGACGGACAGCUCCUACUACGAGCGCCGGGUCGUCGAGCGCGUCCACCGCUACCAGUGGCCCGGCAUCCAGCUCAACCUCUGGAUCCUCAUCAUGCUCGUCGCAUCCUGCCUCAUCAUCGGCGUCUUUGCCUCCUUCAUCGACAUCCAGAACCAGCUCCUGCUGCCGAUACCAUGGUACUUCCCCUACUACAUCACCGUCGCCUCCCUCGUCAUCCUCUUCGUCGGCCUCCUCCUCUGGCUCGUCUACCAGCGCCGCCUGCUGCCCGCCAUCGUCAUGAUCGGCGCCUUCAUCCUCUUCAUCCUGUGGUUCGUCGGCCUCGUCGUCGUGAGCAUCCAGCUCUGGGGGCCCGACGGCUCCGUCUCGAGCAACUGCAACCUCGCCGUCUUCAACCGCAGCCCCACCGGCCAGAGCCUCGACACCCUCGCCUGGCUGGAGCAGCGGAGCAUAUGCCAAGCGUGGCAGGCGGUGUUUUCGUUUGCCCUUGUUGGCGCCAUUUUCCUGCUGUGGAUCAUGGUCAUGGCGUAUCAGGUGUUUGCAAAUUCAUGA